UUCAUUUGGGUAUCAAAACGUGGUUAUUGUGAAAGUUCCCUUAAUGCAAAUCGGACGCAAUUAUGAAACCGUUUUGUAUUCAAAUAUUUCUGUUUUUACAAGUGAUUUGGAUAUUGAGAGUGGCUGCACUUCAAUGCUAUUCGUGUUCCUCCACUAAAGACGCAAGCUGCGUUUGGAGGCAGAGUGAAGGUGACAAAGUUACCGAAUGUGAAGGCAGUUGCAUAAAUGUAAUACUUCCAGAUGGUUCCUUGUUCCGAGGAUGCCUCUCCGAUUUACCAAAAAGUGCAUUCAAGCAAGAAACAUGCAAUUCAGAUUCAUGCAACGCUGAUGUCUUCCCUUCCAACCGCCUUGCCUGUUACCAAUGUCAUGGCUUAGGGUGCGCGAAUGUAACCCAAAUAACCAUGGAUGAUUCCCACUUGUGUAGAAAAUUUGUCGAACAGGAUACCUGCUAUACGGAUGUUCGUUCCAGGGCAGACAUUAGGCGAGGUUGUUCCUCUGACGAAAACUACGCACCAAGUCCGUACCAGCAACAAUGUCGGACAUCUUAUUGUAACCACCAUGCAGCAGUUCAGACGCUUACUUGCUGGGAGUGCGACUCUAGCGUGUCUGAUAUGCUUGCCUGCAAAUUAGGCAAGGUGGAGGACGGCGAAAUGGGAAAAUGUCAGAUGACAUCUCUCCUUGGACAUCCUGCUUCUUGCUAUGUUCUGCAUAAGGCUGAGUAUGUUAGGCGUGGCUGCUCCAACGAUAAGAUAUACAACCCCAACGAUGAGGACAUAACGACCUGCAAAACGUCCCUUUGUAAUAAUAAGGAAAUAUCAGUCACACAUUGUUACGAAUGCGAUUCAGAAACUGACGAAAACUGUAUGUUUUUGGAUGGCCGUGAAGUGAGUGUAACAAAAUGUCCAGCUGGAACCUCUUCCUGUUUUUCCUGUCGUGAUUUUGGAAACAUUGUGCGCAGAGGAUGCGGUCAACCUGAUCAGUGCAUCGGAGCAUGUUUCCCCUGUUGGGAUGAUGCGCUUUGCAACUCUAACCCAAUGUACGAGUGCUACACCUGCUCUGCUUUUAAUGACCUCGACUGCGAUGUAUUUACGCAUCCUGAUCUAGUUGACAGGGAAAUAUGUAAUAAGGGAUGCCAGGUGUUCCUCCAAAAUGACACACUUCAUCGAGGGUGCUUGAAUGAAACCAUUCUGUGCGCGGAUGACGAUACCUGUUCCUCUUGUUAUCAUGACAAUUGUAAUGAUUAUUUCAUAGAUUCACAGUGUGGAGUUGUGAAGUACAUGAACUCGCAGGAGUGGGUGAACUCAAUAGAAAGGUUCGAUGACUUUAUUUGAAACAAAGAAAUUGUUUAAAAUUAAGACUUGGCAUGAAGACUAACUAUUGGGAUUAAGAAUCUUAAGAUCGAGAAGUUAUUUAUCAGUUUCCAAUGUGAUUAUAUCUAA